UAGCUGAAAAUACAGAACUGGCAACCCUUUCUGACAAAUGCACCUUGAGCCGUCGUAAUGAACCGCCCCUCUCAUUACCAGCGCUCACAGUGCAGGAGGAAGAACAUCCCGCUGCUGUUUGUUCAGCUCCUGUUGUGAAGUUACUGAGGGACAAACGAGCGGCGGGCAGUUUGACCAACAAUGUCGAGCAGGUAGAAACAGCGUGACUGAAGCCGCGGAAAUGAGCGAAACAGCCGAGACGAGAGGGCCCGUAACCCGCCGGAGGAGGACCACCAGCACCAGCACCAAGCAAACCAAGAGGCAAGACGCAGGGGAGAAACCUCCACCGUGUUCCGCUAAAGAAAAAGCCGCAGACAAGGUCCAGAAGCAUGCGAACAAUAACGGCAAUGUGGAGAAAGAAAUGGGGAAGUCAACACAGCAGCAGCAGCUCGCAAACAGUCCGAAGAAACAGAGGAGUGCGGUAGAAGAUAUCAACGAAAAGCUCAGGUGUCACAAUCUACAGGAGUCUCUCUUGAGCUCAGCCAGCGGCUACAGCAACUACAGAGGAAUCCUCAACUGGUGUGUUGUCAUGCUGGUGCUGAGUAAUGCACGACUUUUCUUAGAGAACAUUAUAAAGUAUGGCAUCUUGGUAGACCCUAUCCAAGUAGUGUCCCUCUUCUUAAAGGACCCCUACAGCUGGCCAGCAGCAUGCCUAAUCAUUGUGUCCAAUGUGUUCAUCUUAGCGGCCUUGUACAUAGAGCGGCGUCUGGCUGUGGGCACAAUCUCCGAAACUACAGGGCUGAUUCUUCACUUGUUUAAUCUGACAUCCUUGUUAAUCUUUCCUUCAGCCUCAGUACUCACUGUGACCUCAAUCACACCAGUGGGUGGUGUGCUCUCCUUAAGCACCUACACAGUGCUGUUUCUCAAGCUGUACUCCUACAUGGACUCCAACAAGUGGUGCAGAGAAAUCAGACAAGCCAAAGCUAAAAGAAUGACACGGUCAUAUUCGUGUCCAAUUGUGGCACAGUCCAACGGGUCAGCGGUUAACACCAAUGUCUCCUACCCAGGCAACCUCACACACAGAGACAUGUACUACUUCAUCUUUGCACCAACUCUCUGCUACCAGCUCAACUUCCCACGCUCUCCACGGAUACGCAAAAGGUUUCUGAUCAGAAGACUUUUUGAAAUGCUUUUCCUCAUGCAGUUGUUGGUGGGAUUAAUACAGCAGUGGAUGGUCCCAAGUGUUCAGAACUCAAUGAAACCGUUCCAGGAAAUGGACUUUUCUAGGAUGGUGGAGCGGCUGCUGAAACUAGCUGUUCCUAACCAUCUAAUAUGGUUAAUAUUCUUCUAUUGGUUUUUCCAUUCCUCUCUGAACUUUGUGGCAGAGCUCCUGCAGUUUGGAGACCGGGAGUUCUACAGGGACUGGUGGAACUCUGAGACUGUCACAUACUUCUGGGCCAACUGGAACAUCCCAGUGCACAAGUGGUGCCUGAGACAUUUCUAUAAGCCAAUGUUGAGGAAGGGGGUGAACAAAUUUCUGGCUCAAACUGCUGUUUUUCUGGCUUCUGCCUUUUUCCAUGAGUACCUGGUGAGCGUUCCUCUCAAGAUGUUUAGACUGUGGGCAUUCAUGGGAAUGAUGGCUCAGGUUCCUCUGGCUUUGUUCGUAAGUCGCUUCCUGAACGGAAACUACGGCAACGCGGCCGUGUGGAUCUCACUCAUAAUUGGACAGCCCAUCGCCGUGUUGAUGUACGUCCAUGACUACUAUGUCAUUCAUUACGGGAGCACUACAUAACACAGGACAGACACCCACACACUAGUCUGCGGAACACACCAAUGAGGUAUUAUAGAGCAGGUUCAAGGGAAUCCAUGGCAAGCUCAUGUUUAUGAAGCUGUUGAAGCUUUGGCACGAAAGUUGUGACUUUAUUUUUGCACAUUAGGAAACCAUCAGGAAAUGAUUUUGGAUAUUUAGGAGUCUUGUCUAGUCUCACACUGCACCCCUGUCAGCCUCCAACUGUGCAAUCCACUGUACGAAAACAAAUAUAUGGUGCUAGUGGUUUAAUCUACCGUUCAUUGGCUCAAAGGUUAGACUUCUUUGGGGGUUGGGGACUCCUCUGCUUUAAUACAUUCAUCUUAAAAGUGGGAAGACUAAUAAAAACUACACGCUCCUCCGCUCAGUGAAUGUUUAAGAAUGCACAUACCAGCAGGUGCAACAAGUGUGAACCACUGCCAACUGUGCACAAGCUACAGCCUGGAUCCAGGAUCCUUCUUCCAGAGAAACUAUGUGAAAAUGGGGAUUCUAUAUCAGGGGCUGAGGAGCAUCUUUGUAUAUCCAGAGGCAACACUUUUAAAUGUUAAAGCCAGUAAACUUCUACAAGCUAAAGCCUGACAUCCUGGUCAACCACUUAAGAAUCUCCAUGGCUUGACAUAGACCAGACUGACUUUUGCAUGUAUCCUUGGAUGCAAUAUAACUUCCAGUAUUACGGACGGUAUAUUAAAAAUGACAUUGAAAAUGUCCGAAGGUAAAAAACUGAAGGAAACAAGGAUUCCUCUCCAAAAAGACUGAGCACCAGGACGUUGAUGUGGAUUUAUUUGUACAGUUGUAUGUCAAACAAAAUCAAUGCAAGCUUUGAGCGGAAGAGCACGUGCUGCCGGCUUACUUGCCUUGGCUUUAUCAUCAUCUUGUGUCUGCACUGCCUUUGAUUUGUAGAGUUUAUUUUAUAGUUUUGCAGUAUUGUAUUUGCUGGAUGUUUGAUUGUGCCAUCUUGAAAUCACAUGUGGUAUUUUGUGUUUAAACUAAUGAUUUAAGUGUUUGAUUUGCCAGAUUAAACCAAUGAAUGUUUUUUGCACUUGAGA